AUGGUGGUGGAGUGGCUGAAGAAGAGGAGAAAGGACACCAAGUUCUGUGCUUCCCUGCGCAGGCUGCUGGGCAGCCGCAAAUUCACGACGCUCAUGAUCAGCAUCAUCUCCAUCAACGCCAUCUCCCUGGCUGUGGAGACCAGCUACCGCUGCCGGUUGCGCUGGGGUACCUUUUUCGAGGUCACAGAUGCUUUCUUCAUCGCUGUUCACACCACCGAGCUUUUGCUGAAGCCGUACGUGGAUCCCAUCGCCUACCAGAAGAGCAGCUACAACACCUUGGAUGCCACCAUCCUCCUCAUUGCCUUCCUCCCGCACGUCUUGCCUGUGGACACCGCCACGCGCACCCACCUGGAGGGGACGACCAGAGGUUUCCAGACCCUCCACAUACUCAAGCUCAUCACGUACAGCAGCGGGAUGAGGAUUUUCACAGAGACUUUUGGCCAGACAGUGCAGACAGUGAUGUAUGCCCUCAUCCUGCUAUUCCUGCUGAUGUUUGUGUUUGCCGUUUUGGGACAUGGAUGGUACGGAGAUCCCAAAACCGGAGACACUGAAGACUGGGGCAGCUUGAAGGCUGCCCUCUUCACGGUCUUCAGUUUAGUAACCGUUGAUGGUUGGACAGACUUACAGCACAAGAUGGAUCAUUAUGGGUUUACGAGCAGCCACGUGUUCAUAGUUGUGUUCAUCUUGCUAGGCAACUUCAUCUUCUUCAAUAUGUUGAUUGCACUUGUGAUUACCAAAACCCAGGACUUGACUCAGAAGUGCGAACAGGACUGCAAAGCAGCGAAGGCGGCUGCUGUUUGGGCCAAGAAACAGAAGAUCCUGAAAAUGCAGGGGAAGAACGUGAGCAGUCAAGUCACGCUGGAGCAGGUGGGCUGUGGUCAGCCGUGGGUGGAUAGCACUGUCUGCAAAUGUCAGAUGUUGUUUAACAGGCACAAAAUCACUCAAGGUGAAGAUUUCAGUGAGCUGCUGGGUGACAUUAAAAAGACUUUGCGCCACUCCGAUAUCAUCAUUAUGGAGGGUUUUUGUUUCACCAUCCCAUUUAUUGAUCUGUAUUUGCUGUUCCUGGACCUCCAGGAUGACACACUGAACAGGUUGCAGCAUCACUGUUACGAACAUACUGGCAUAUUGAGAGAGACUGUGGAAGUCAUGAAAGAGAAAUCUUUGCCAGAUCAUGAGAAGGUGAAAAGUUAA